AUCAACCUUUAUCAAACCCCAAAACCCUUUCUCCAAGAAAAUGACAAACAACACCCUCAUUUCCAUCCCACUCUUCACAAUCCUAACUUAUCUCCUCAUCUCCAUUUCUUGUGAGCUCAAUCCAUGGCCACCCUCAAUCCCAAUCCACAUUCAAUCUUCCCCCAUCGCUACUCGCCUCCACAACGACCUCUCCUCCCUCAAAACCGCCUCCCUCGACUACGGCAACCUCGUCCACGACCCUCCCCUCUCCGUUCUUCGUCCAUCAUCCAUUGACGACCUCAUCGACCUAGUCCAAAUCUCGAACAAUUUAUCCUCCCCCUUCCCCAUCUCGGUCCGAGGCCACGGCCACUCUCUCAGGGGCCAGGCAAUGGCCACUGGUGGCGUGGUCGUGGACAUCUCCGCCCUGGCUAAGGGCGGGGAUGGGGUGAGGGUUUCGCGGGACCCGGUUUUAGGGUUUCACUAUGCGGAUGUUGGGGGUGGGGAGGUGUGGAUGGACGUGCUCCGACGUUGCACGGAGGAGCAGGGCCUCGCGCCGGUGUCGUGGACGGAUUAUUUGUAUUUAACGGUGGGCGGGACGCUGUCGAACGGCGGCGUGAGUGGGCAGUCUUUCCUCCAUGGACCUCAGAUUAGCAAUGUUCUUGAAAUGGAUGUUGUUACAGGGAAAGGAGAGUUGAUAACGUGUUCUCACGAGAUGAAUUCAGAGUUGUUUUUCGCAGUUCUGGGCGGACUCGGCCAAUUCGGCAUCAUAGUCCGCGCAAGAAUCGUCCUGGAGAAAGCUCCUACAAGAGCAAAAUGGGUGAGGAUGAUAUACAAUGAUUUCUCAAAAUUCACAAGAGAUCAAGAACACCUCAUCUCAAUCAAAGGAGCAAACUAUGUGGAGGGCUCCCUUCUCACAGACAAAAGCCCUCCAAACAACUGGAGAUCUUCUUCUUUCUACUCAUCUUCCCAUCAAUCCAAAAUUGGCACUCUCUUGAAAAACAAUCAAGGCCUCCUCUACUCCAUCGAACUUGUCAAAUACUACGACGAUCUCACCACCAACACCAUUGAUCAGGAAAUUGAGAUGAUCAUAGAAAACUUGAACUUUGUAGAAGGAUUCAUUUUCAAGAGAGAUGUACCAAUUAUGGAUUUCCUAGCAAGAGUGGGGAACUUAGACAAACCCGAGGCGGAACCACUGGCGCACCCGUGGCUUAAUCUCUUCGUCCCGAGAUCCAAAGUGGAUGAAUUUAACACCGGUGUACUGAUGAACAUAAUUGGGAGACAUAACCAAACCACCGGACCCAUCCUUUUCUACCCUUUUAACAGAAAUAAAUGGGAUGAUAGAAUGUCUGCUGUCACACCAGAUGAAAACAUCUUCUACACUCUAGGGCUGCUCCACACGUGCGAGCCGCACGAGUUGGGGUAUUUUGAAGAUCAAAAUAAUGAAAUAAUUAAAUUUUGUGAAGAAGCAGGGAUUGAAAUCAAGCAGUAUCUUCCACAUUAUAAAUCAAGAAGAGAUUGGAUGAAGCAUUUUGGUCAGAAAUGGAAAACUUUUGAAGAGAGAAAGAUGAAGUUCGAUCCAAGAAUGAUUUUGUCUAGGGGCCAAAAUAUUUUUAAUCAGGUGGCUUACUCAGAUAUAUGAGUUUGUAGAGAAUUUGAAUAAAUAAUAAUUAGGUCCUUUAACUAUUUAUUGAGGGCAUAGUACAUAGUACCUAAGUUUUAUGCAAUUUGUGUUCCACCGUGUCAUUUUCGUUAUUUUAUGUAAUUUAUUAUAA